UGGACGAGAUGCUAUGACCGUGACCCGCUAACACAUAUGAGCUCUGCCUCAUGAUCAUAAGCCAGCUUCGCGGCACGAAGACUCGGGGAAGCAGUGUUGUCCCAAUCCCGAUCGUAAGAUACAGGGACACAGAUGCUGCUCAUACGGGUAUCUUACUUUGUAUAAGUAUCCGAGUCAUAUCACCAGAGCGUACUUCGUAUGGACUUAUCGAAAGACUCGCAACUUACCGCUGGCAUUUCACUCUGAUACCGUAAAUUACACCACAUUCGACCCCACAUCUUCCACACCCGUUCGCGUCGACCGUGUCUCAGGCUCCGAGUCAGUCAGCACUGAGCACUCACUCACACACCACCGCACUCAACAUCAGCAUCAGCAUCACCACAGAGAAAGAUGGACCCGCCACCACGUCCGCAGAGCUCCCUUCUCACCUCACCACCCGAGCUCACUCCCCUCGAGCAAGAGGUCCUUGACGAGUAUGAGCGGCUAGCAGAGAACAUGAAAAAGCUCGCCGGUCUCCUUGACAACCUUGCCAGCGCACCAGCAACCGAGAUCCUUGACGGCCUCAGGGAGCUCGAGCGCAAGACCAGCCUGGUGUUCACGCUCCUCAAGGCCAGCGUGUACAGUAUCGUGCUGCAGCAGGAGAUUGGCUGGGAUGGUGCGGCGCAGCAGGGGUGAAGAACAUGGUCAAGUGAGGGACUUGUUCUUUAAGAAGGGGAUGAUUGAGGGCCUGGCAGGGGAAUCGCAUAUAAAAGGCUGCGGGUACACGUGUAUGUCGGGGUUGGAUUCAGCCAGGUGCUGACGGAUAUGCACAUGUGUGGUUACGGUUUGGAGCCAGGGGCGGAAGCAAGGGGGAUGCAUC